AUGGACGCUGAGCCCCGCGAGAAGUCGACCGCAUACAACACCCAGGAUGGGACCCCCUCCACCACCGUCUCGCCCGAAUACGCCGCCCAGCAGGCUACCCACAAUGGCACCUACGUGCAGUUCAUGAAGCCCAAGUUUGCGCGCGCCCCCAUCAAAGAAGCCGGCCGCGUCGCCUACCUCGGGGAGUCCUCCAACCUGUCGCUGCUUGUGCACGACCGCUAUGGCACCACCGAUGUCGUCCACUACCCGCUGCCCGAGAACGUGCGGGGCGCGAAGGCGCGGGUCAAUGAGAUGGACAACAUGGAGAUUGAGAUACUGCAUCAGCGAGGCGCCUUCCUGCUCCCACCACGGGCAUUGUGCGACGAGCUUGUCGAAGCCUUCUUCAGAUGGGUGGCCCCGGUCGUGCCAGUCAUCAAUCGCAGCCGCUUCAUGCGCCAGUAUCGAGACCCCAAGAACCCGCCCUCGCUCCUGCUACUGCAGGCCAUACUCCUGGCAGGCUCACGCGUGUGUACCAAUGCGCAGUUGAUGGACUCCAGUGGCUCAACCACCCCCGCCGCCAUGACGUUCUAUAAGCGCGCAAAGGCGCUAUACGAUGCCAACUUCGAAGACGAUCGCGUGACCAUUGUGCAAGCCCUUAUCUUGAUGGGCUGGUACUGGGAGGGACCCGAGGACGUGACCAAGAACGUUUUCUACUGGACCCGAGUCGCUAUCGUAGUAGCUCAGGGUUCGGGCAUGCACCGCAGCGUUGAAGGAUCGCAGCUCACACGCUCCGACAAGCGCCUGUGGAAGCGUAUCUGGUGGACACUGUACAGCCGGGACCGUUCAGUGGCAGUCGCACUCGGCCGGCCGGUUGCCAUCGACCCUGAAGAUUCCGACGUCGAGAUGGUGUCUGAAGAUGACUUCAUCGACGACGAGACAGAGCACGCCGCAGAAUACCCACCAGAUCCGAUCCAUGUUCAGUUCUUCAUCAACUAUGUCAAGCUUAGCGAGAUCAUGGGCUUGGUCCUAUCACAACAAUACUCGGUAGCGUCGAAACACCGCAGGGCGAAUGCCAUAGACCUGACACACAGCGACAUGGCCCUUGCCGACUGGCUGCAACAUUGUCCACCGGAAGUGCAGUGGGAGCGAAAUCGCCAUCAUUUCUGGGCUGCCUUGUUACAUUCAAAUUACUAG